ACAGCGAACGGAAACGAUGUGGUGGCCACCUUAAUUUGUGCCAUUCUUUUCUACUCUCCGUUUCCUCUCUCUCUCUCUUCACCCCAUUUUGUAACGGACUCUCUGUCUCUCUCUCUUCCUCUGUCUCUAACCCCCCCAUGAACGUAGUACCCUGCAGACCACGAGGCCGUCGGGGAGACGAGGAGCACCGCCGUGCCUUGUGAUCAUUUGGGUACCGAGAAUUCACACCAUUGCUUGCAAACAUGGAGGUAUUAUAGAGGCGUGACGUGAGCAUGGAUGCAUCACGCGCGUGCCGGCUUCGAGAGCGCGGAUUUCUCGUCGUGGUUCUGAUGGGUCUGCGGCUGGCUGGGCGUGGAUUUCUUGGUGUUUUCUUGAUUUUGGCCCUGUAAAGGAGGGAGCUUUACGUUUGUUUUCCUUUCUUUCUGGGGAGUUCGGUUUUUCCUUGCGUUGCCCACUCCAAUGGGGAUGUCGUCUGAUAACGUGCACGGACUCAUCUUGGCCCUCUCGUCGAGCGUUUUCAUCGGUUCUAGCUUCAUUGUAAAGAAAAAGGGGUUGAAGAAAGCUGGGAUGACUGGAGUCAGAGCAGGUUCAGGGGGUUAUUCGUACUUAUAUGAACCCUGGUGGUGGGUAGGAAUGAUAACCAUGAUUAUUGGGGAGAUUGCCAAUUUCGCUGCCUAUGCAUACGCUCCAGCGAUUCUUGUCACGCCUUUGGGAGCACUGAGCAUUAUCUUCAGUGCAGUGCUUGCCCAUUUUAUCUUGGAGGAGAAAUUGCACAUCUUUGGUGUGCUUGGAUGUGUUCUUUGCGUGGUGGGUUCCACGAGCAUCGUCUUACAUGCUCCAAAGGAAAGGGACAUUGAAUCGGUUAAACAAUUGUGGCGCCUCGCCACCCAGCCAGGUUUUAUCGUGUAUACCGUUAUAGUUCUCAUUGUGGUCGGUGUUCUUAUUUUCUGCUAUGCACCACGUUAUGGACCUACAAAUAUGAUGGUUUAUAUUGGGAUUUGCUCUCUCAUGGGUUCGCUAACGGUGAUGAGUGUUAAAGCAUUGGGCAUCGCCCUGAAGCUCACAUUUUCAGGAUCGAACCAAUUCAAAUACUUCCAGACAUGGUUCUUCACUAUUGUCGUCAUCUCUUUUAGUCUCAUGCAGAUCAUCUUCUUGAACAAGGCGCUUGACACUUUCAAUACUGCUGUAAUUUCUCCAGUGUACUAUGUGAUGUUCACAACAUUCACCAUCCUUGCCAGCAUGAUCAUGUUUAAGGACUGGGAUUCGCAAAAUGCAUCACAAAUCGUGACUGAGUUGUGCGGUUUCGUCACUAUACUCUCCGGGACAUUCCUUCUUCACAAAACCAAAGACAUGGGAAAUGAGAAAUCCACUAACACCUCGGUCUCUUCAAGUCCAGGACCAACUCCAAACUCAAACGACGGAUAGUACGACUCAGUGAUGCAUCUGACCUUUCUAGUUAAAGGCCCACCCCAGCAGUUUCCGAAUGUACAUGGGAAUGAGCACAAGGGAGAACAGAAACGACAUACUUUUCUCACCUAAAGGUGAACGUCACAGGAGGGAGAACAGGUUUUAAUUUUGUCAAUGCCAAAAUUCAGGAGCAUCAUCUGACAUUAUUUUGGAGUCCAGGGGGGAGGGGGGAAUUGACAAAAUGAUGAUACCCAUGUAGGAUAAAUCUUUGGUUAAUUUACUGACAGUUCGCUUUCACUUUUUUCCUUUGCCAUUUAUAUUGGUUUUCCAUACUUCUUCAGUGAACAGAAUUUUUAGCGCACUGUGAAUAUGUCAAGCAAAGGUUUAUUUGUCUUGGGCGGGAACGUCUGGAAUAGUUAUGAAUUAUUUGAAAAGAAGGUGAAAUUUCACCUCAUACCAAUCUUUUUCCGGUCA